GGGUUUAGACCCGAAAGCCCAUCGCGGAGCCUGUUUUCCCCUCUCGCACGCGGCGGCAUUCAUCAAUCAAGCCCGUCGCGUCUCGCGUCAAUCGCCAUGUACGUCUCCCAAUUCUUGCGCGACGCCGUGGUUGGCCGCCACUUCACCAGUGGGCACGGCGGAGGCAGAUCCACACACGUCGAUGACCGCCCAAGAGACGAGGCGCCUGGCGUGACGAAGCCAAGCAAGAAUGCCGAGUUCGGCGGCUACCCUUGGCCUGACAGCUUCCUGUUGUGGCUUGGGCUGCACGCGCUCUUCUACGUGAUGGAGAACGGCUUCCAGAUUCUGCUGGCGUACGCUCUCACGGUGGGUCACUCAUUCGCACGCACACCUCAGACGCAUGAGACCAAGCCAGAGGUGCCACGCAUGUGCUCUUUCCCCCUCAUCUAUCCAUCCAUUCUGCAGGUCACCUUCACCCCCGUGUACCUGUGGGCGUUCGCAUCCGAGUGGGUCAACUCCAACGCCUUCCUGUACUGGCUGGCGCUCUCUGUCCCCACCUACAUCAUCUCGAUGGUGGAAUACUUCGCAAUCAGCACGAUGGUAAGACCGGCCAUCAAGCAGGUCGACUGACGGAUGGAUGGGACGCUUUUGUUUUUAUUUGGCUGCAGGUGGACUUCUUGGCAGACAGCGACAUCUUCCCCACAUCCAUACGGUUUAGCUCCCACAAGCGCGACCAGCUGCGGGCCAGGAAGACCGACACCGAGGCCGACCAGCCGCAGGAUGACGUCGGUGUCAGCUUCGAUUACAGUUAUCGCAACUAUUUCCGGAACCACCUGCUCUACACUGUCCGCUGGUCCCUCCCGGUCGCCAUCGGCAGCGUGAUCUGGCUGCCGCGAUUCCACCUCACCCACAGAAAUCCUCUGUGGAUGGUUCCCAUCAAGGUGCGGUGCGUCGGGUGGAAGGGGGACGAGGAGAGGAGAGGAGGGAGCUUGCUGCAUGACGGCAUACACACUGGCUCCUGUGUAUGGGACUGGUCUGUGUGCAGGUGCAGUUCGCCCUCAUCUUUGCCGACUGUGUGUACUAUUGUGUGCACUACAGUCAGCAUCGCUGGCGAUGGAUGUACAAGUGGACCGACCACACUUACCACCACACGUUCACCUACCCAUGGGGCAGCGCCGGUCAGUGAAGGAGGGCGCAAACACACACAGGGGCCGUCCAUCCAUCCAUCCAUGCAUCCAUCCAUCCGUUGUGAAUGCGCUCCUUUCGUGUCCGUCAAUCAAGCAGGAACCUGGCUGGGUACUCUGGAUUUGAUGCUGUCGGCCUUCUCGAUGGGCUCCAUCAACGUUUUCCUGAUCGAGAUGAUGCUCGGCCGCCUCACCCUCUUCGAGUACAUAUUGAUGAUUAACUACGUCUUCGAGAUGGUGUGCGUGGACCAUGCCGGCAGCGAGCUGCCCUUCUGGUCGGGCUGCCCCUUCUUCCCGCCACUCGGCUAUCUCAUGGGCUUCGACAAAUCCACCGCACUGCACGAGGCGCACCACAACUUCAACCGAUACAGUUAUGGGCUGCUCGGUUUCGCCGACUGGAUUGCCGGCACUCGCAUGUUCCCCACCGAGUAUCCCGGGCACCCAGAACACCCCAAGGGCAAGCAGUUCUGAUACACUCGCUCACGCACUACGUGCUGUUUCCAAUGCUGCCCGGCUGCCUCCUUUUUCUUUUCUUGGCUGGCUGCUUAGUGACGAGCCUCACGUGUAUCUGUAUUGUGUGUCUCUGCAGCAUUGCAGGGCCCUUUUUCGUUUCCGUUGCCUCUCUACAGGGAGGGACAGGGCGGCGUGUACACUGAGUGUGGGUGGGUGUGGGUGUGGGUGUAUGCCCGGCCGGCCUGUCUGCCUGCCUGCCUGCCUGCCUGUUGUGUCUGUGUGUGUGUAUCUGUAUCUGUAUCUAGCUAUGUAUUUGUCGUUCAUGUCGCUCCCAGAUGCAUACAUAACGCAGUUAUAUAUCUCACUUUUCCUCAGCGGGGGCUGUAGGAACAUAUGUACGUACAUGCCUUUGUCCAUCGAAUGAAUGUCGAUGUGAUGUCUUUUUCUCUUUUCUCUUUUCUCUUUUCGUGGUGGCGAGGACGGACGCGUGGCCAUUCAACCCAUGUUUCGUGUACGACACAUACAUACAUACAUACAUACGUACAUACGUACAUUCGUACAUCCUGCACUUGCUCAUACCGUGC